AUGGCUUCUGUCCGGUUCAUGGUCACUCCCACUAAAAUAGAUGAUAUCCCAGGCCUGUCAGAUACCAGCCCAGACCUCAGCUCCCGCUCCAGCUCCCGCGUCCGCUUCAGCUCCAGAGAAAGUGUCCCUGAAACAACCCGCAGUGAGGGUGCCAGUGACUUCUCUAGAGCAACCAGUUCACUGGCCACUGAAGCAGCUGAGCCGGCCACUGACAAGACUACCAAUCCCCGCACAGAUGCGGCUGAAGGUAGGUUGUCUUUGGCAUAUUGGGUGGGAGAGGGGACAUCUGAAUGGUAGAGGCAACCUUGUUAAUGGAGAAUUCUACCUAUUACCGCCUUGGGGACUUGAUGGAGGUGCACAAAGCUUAAAUAGAGUUUACAGCUUAGACAUUCCAGAAAGUACUGCUCAAAUCUUGGCUGUGCUGCAGAUAUGAAAGGCUAUCUUCUGUGAUUUGGGUUAUGCAAGGUGGGAUUGAAGGUGGAGGGGGAUUCCUGUGGGUCUGUCAAUUCAUGCAUGCAUUUUGAAUCAACUGCUUUCUAGCAGAUGAUGUUUUCAGACAUCAGUGGAUUUUUUUUAUUCACCUCUCCAAAAUACAUAACUUUGAUGUGGCCCCUUCUUUUAUGUCAAGGGCCUGGCUGUAUUGCAGACAGAAUAGUUCACUACCAAAAUUUCCUCAUCCCUCUUGCUGGGAACAGCUCUUGGCUUCCUAUUUUCUAAAAUGGGGAACAUGCAAAGUAAUUCCCUCCCCCCAGGCAUAGUUUCUUUCUGAGGGUAUCUGUGCUUCUGAUUUGUCCAGCUUUUCAGAUUAUCUGUUCUUCAGUUUUGUUGUUGUUGUUUUUUUUGUGCCAGGAAUUGCUGAGCAAGACUCAUGGGAAAUGACUCUGGAGAAUUUCAGUUCCCCUAAUCUUGUUGAUUUCCUUGUCUCAUGCAUUUUAAAACGACAGAAUAUGUCUGAGGUCAGACUGGUCUUUGCUCUAUCACCACUGACUUAGUCACAUCUUCUACUGUGGAGUUUAUGAAUAGCAACAUUGAACUAUCAACAGUCUUUGUAGAUUCCGCCAGAUUCUGAUCCGUAAGAUUUACUAAUCUUGUGAUAGAUAUUUCAGAGAAACUUUUUGUUUUUUUGUUUUUGAGAUACGUGCACAUAAAAGGGCAUUGAUAGGACACUCUAUUAAUUUACACACACCACACACACACACACACCUACCUUAUUCUGGAUUGUGUUGGUUGUGAGACAGUAGCAUGAUCUUGGCCCCACCCCCCAAAAAACUGAAGAUGAGAAUGAAGAAAUGCUUCACUGGAUUGUGAAAUAAUAAAGUUGUUUGCAGUUGAUGUAAAUUGGGAUGGGAAAGUUUUUAAAAAUGAUAUACAUACAGUAAAAUAUACCAUAGGUGGAGGGAGACCUGUAAAUAUCAAUUUGCUUGCUCAGCUGUGAUUAGCAAGAAUGACCUCGGGGCAGUUUGGUAGGAAAGCUUCUGUAAAUUUGAUUCCUCUCUAUUUAUCCAUAUUUAGCUACCCAGCUAAAUGUCCUAGUUUGUUGCACCUAUGUUCUUGAUUAAGGCAGCAAUCAUAACAAGAUCUACUGGAAUGAGCGGAUUUAGGAUCCAGGGGAUCUCUAGUUGGAGUCAGGAGGUUCCCAGGACAGCUGGGCUAUGCUGACAUUGCUCCCCAUCCUUGGCUUAGCCAAACGUACACUGGCAUAUCUCCCAUCCCAGCUCAGCCAGGGCCCAGUUCAGCCGAGCCAGGCCUAGUGGAUCUUAAGCCAGCAAAAGCCUUAAAAAAAACGAGGCAUUCUGGGGUAGGACUAGAAGGUAAGGGGGCACUUAGACUGGAACUUAAACCUGUUCAGCUCAGUUACAUGACCUGGCUACCCAGCAUAUAUUAAGCUGACAAAAGGGUGAUGUAAUCAAACACUAAUUAACACAUAAUUUAUCCUGCCUUAACUUUACACCAGCUUAUUGUGUGUAGGAUUACUUUCUUAGGGAGAACUAUUUCCCAUAGCUAUCCUUCCACACCAUAGUCACACUUCUUCCAUAGAUGUACCGUACUUGUUAUUCAAAGAACAAAAACAAAUUCCCAUUCAAAUACCCUCUGUGCUGUUUCCUUCUUUUCUACAGAAAUGAAUGCAGUACAUGUCUUAUAUGCAAAAAGCCCGCACUCUACCUUGCAUCUGGCUUCUGUAGGCAAAAACCAAGGGAAUCUGUGACUCUGCUGACGCAUGGUAAUAAGAUCAAUGGUUAUAAAAGUAACUCACAGGAGUCAAUACUAAAGAAUAUUUAAUAUCUGGUGGCGUCUUUGUUUUUGUUUUACUGAUUGUGCUCUUGUGCCUUUAACACAAAGUGGACAGACAGAGAUAUAAAACAAUGAAGGGUGUUAUUAUGGCCCCUUAAAGACAACAGAUUUACUGUAACAGGACGAGAUGGUUGGACAGUGUUCUCGAAGCUACCAACAUGAGUUUGACCAAACUGCAGGAGGCAGUGGAAGACAGGAGUGCCUGCCGUGCUCCAGUCCAUUGGGUCACGAAGAGUCGGACACGACUAAACAACAACAAAAGAUUUCAUGAACUGCAGUAUAUUUUACCAGAAUCAUUGUAGAUAGGUGUGAGAUUGGCUCUUCUUGAGCUGAUGACUUCUAGGCUCAGGAGGAUUCUAGUCUGUCAUGUGGCUUGGAAUCCCUUCAGUUCCUAUCUUAUCAUGUGUCUCUGAGGGGAAGGGAAAUAUGGGAAUUAGUGUCUCAACCAUGGGACUUUUACUUUGGGCUCCACAGUAGCAUCCUGACUUGGUUAGUCACACCCUUGCCUAUUAUUAGAACUGAUAUCCCCCCCAAGGGGAGCAUCACUGCUUUCAGGUUUUAGUUUCUGUUUCUUAGCAGUUAGGGCUAAAUUAUACAUUGCAUUAGUCAUGUAGUUUACCUUAAAUGCAGGAUUUUUCUUUCUCAAAUAGCCAUUGGAGAUGCAAGCAGAUUGGGGCCCUGAUGUGGGAAGAUAAAUUACUUUUACCCUUUGCCCACCACUGUGGGUUAAGGCCUCUCCAGAUGGUCCUAGGCCAGUGCUCCACAUAACCCAACCAGGGGUCCAUUGCUACCAUAGAGAUAACAUUGUCAAAAGUAGGGUGCCCAUGGCUUGAGUUUUGAAAAACGGAGUCCUCGGGUAAUUGAGAACCAUUAUCCUAGGCUGAUUGAUGGCUCCACCAUGCUUGUGAAAGAAAAAACUUGCACUUCAGGGCAACCCUUGUAAUUAAUGCAACCUGUAAUUUGUUCUUUGUAUAUGCAUGCCAAUUUCGCUCCUUUUCUGCCACUAUACCAUGCCUCAUCUCUAUGCAUCAUUCUUUGCUUUGUAGUUUGCUUUUUUACAUCUUACCUGCAAAAAAGCAAUUGAUCUAAAAUAACCUCAGGAAACAAUUGGACUCAUUCCCAUCAAAUCUAAGGGUUGGCUUCAUCAUAAUAUCAAAAUAGUAUGUGGGCUUUCGCUGCUUGGCAGGGGGUUGGACUCGAUGGCCCUUGUGGUCUCUUCCAACUCUAUGAUUCUAUGAUUCACCUCUCCUUCGGUUUUAGGGCAUUACUGUAAGUCUGGAAGCUUAGUUUGUGGACCUACGUGCAUGUAUGCAGGUUCAUGUGGAUGCUUUAGUAGGUCUUCCAUAGCUGAUGGUGUUUUAGGUUGUGACUCUAAGCUCGGCCUGCACAGCUUGUGACCCAACAAAGCUGGAUGCAGCUCACUAGAUGUGUAUUGUGGCCUGCCAUAUGCUCAGCAUCUCCUUCCCCACUUUCUGAAAUCCUAGCAGUAGAAACAGGAGAUUAAUGACCCCCCUCAAUGCAUAACUGGUGGGCUGUGUUCAGCUUGGUGGCUCACAGCUUCUGCAGGUGUGUUUUAAGGACAAUUAAAUGAAUUUAAAUCCCAUUACUUGCUCAUUUCAGUUGCCUGAUGCUCUUAUACUCUUUUGCUCGUUCUUCUUCUUUCUUUACUGGGUUAAAACGUUGUGUCAUAGGUUGCAGGGGCAUUGACAUGACUUGUAAAUGGUCCUGACUUAUAUUUGAAGCAUUGGACAAGGUAGCAUUUAAGGUUUUGUUUAUUUAUUAGAAAACGUGUACCUCACCUUCUAUUGCAGUCAGAACGCUGAGGGCACCUUUUCCAGUUUAUUGCAGCCCUGCAAUAAUUGCAAUAUCUUUGGGAUUUUUUUCCACAGGUAAAUUCAUUUAGGUUAGGGCUGUAAACAGUUUUGAGGCAUGUUAACAAGGGAAAGUUGGUGGACCAGCUUUUGCUUCUACCUUAGCUGAACAUUAAUGUGCACAUUUUCUCCCCUGCAUAUUGACAAUGUCUCAGAAAGUCUAACCCUUCAGGUUUAAGGAAUCAUUUGCCGGUACUACAUCAGCCAAUCACUAUUUCCUCCCCCACCCAAACACUUGAUUUCCUAGGCAUCAGUUUACAGCAGUCAUUUAUACUCCUACCCCCUCUUCCUUUCAGAUCAUGUUGACAUUAUAUGCAGACCCACGCUGUAAAUGUAGGUCAUCCUGCAAAAAACAUGUUUUGCUCUUUGCAUUUUUUCCCUAAUGGACAGAGUGCCUGCUGUUUUGUCAUUUUUCUCUUCUAGUUAAAUGCCCUAUCAUUGGAGACCCAACCCUUCUGAAGUUGUAAAUGAAGCCAGAAAGCCUUCUCUCCCCCAAACUCCACAUGCACAUGUAUCAGACUUAGAUAAGUUGUAUAGCCAGCCAGACAGUGCUUUGGGGACUCCAUGUCCCUGCCGCCUAGGCUGGUUUAUCUCCUCAGAGAUACCGGCUGUCGUUUUCAAAUGGGAAACUGCUCUCUGCUGCUGUGUCCUUGUUGUGAGAAUAUUUGUGAUUUGUAGAGGUUGGCAAUGAGGGUGAUGGCUCCUCAAGUCAAGGAUGUGUGUAAAAGAAAGCCAUAUUCUAUGUAGGUGGGAAAACAAAUUUUUUAGUCUUGGUUGAGUAAUACUCUCCCCCCCCCCCCACCGCCCCAGUACAUCUUAAUUUACAUUUGUCAGCUCCACACACACACACACACCCAAAAUAUACUCUUGGGACUUAUUUACAUAUGCAGAAUUUGGUUAACAUAUAAUAACUUAUAUAAGCAUAUGUACUCAAGUAGGGAAGCUGUGCACAUGCACACACAGACAUUGCAAAGCUUGGUUUUCAGGACACAAAGACCCCCAGGUUUCCAGAUGCAGGUUUCUAAAUUUGUAUGUAAAGGUUGCUUUGUUUACUUUUGUUCUUAAUUUGCACUUAGGUACAGCACUGGAUAUUUCUAUGGGCAUUUUUCUGUCAUGAGCAAACACCUUAGCCUACCAUUGCUCACUAUUUUUUGUAUUCUGGUCCAUAAUACUCCCCAUUUUCUCUGCACAAGAUGGCUUGUGUUCAGGGAAGUCAUAUUGGAAUACCCCGAGGACCCCGUUGUGCUUCUAGAGAGGCAGUACUAAUUUUAUCUUAGUGGACAUCUUGGGAAAGAAUGGAGAGUGCCAUUUCCAGUAAUAUGUCUCCAUGGCAGAUAGGUGCAAACAGAUAACUGCUAACUUUCUUUAUUAAAUCUGAAAGCUGGAAUUCUGCUUAUUUGCCUAGCUCACAUGUUAAAUGCCAUUUUGUCUAUGACCUAAUCAUGUCCACACAGAUUUCCCAGACAAUAGCAUCUGGUGUCCGUACUUCUUCUGUUCUUUGUUUAUGCCAGAUAACAAUCUGCUUUCCUCCCCCAUUUUUGUUUUCUCCCCCACUUUGAUCCUGUAACAAGAAGCUCUUUGGCUGCUGCUGCUGCCUACGCCUGUUUCAUUUCAUAUGCUCAGCAGAACCCCAGAGUGGAGAAAGCUGUUGUUUCUUAGAUGUGCACUUUAGCCCCCAAUCCCUACCAUUAGAUCAGAGAGUUCACAUGCCCCUUUGGUGCCGCCUCUUGUGAGGGGAAUGCCACAUCCCUGUGAGCUGUGGAUAAAGAAGUAUUCAAAGCACAUGAAAGGUUAGCCCAUCAGCCCCUAGUAACUUGGAGAAUAUGUCCUUAGAAGUUUAUGUUUGUUUUAUUCUCUCUCUUACCUAUCUUACACUUCUUAGAUGAAUGGAUUCCUUUUGUGAAAUAUGAAUAUGGUGCUGUUGAGUAAAUGUAUGCAAGUUGCAGCAUAAUUUCACUUUCCCAUACAUUGUCUAUCAUUAGAUGUCAUCUAGAUUUUCACAAAAGAACUAGUUUCAAAAUUAUGGAAUUGAAACAAGUCCAAUAGACUGUAUGAUGAUGUGCUAUAUACCUAAGGAAGAAGGAUCUACAAAAUCCUUGUUUUUGAAGCUAGAAGAUGAGUAUGCAGGGACAAAGCUCACACUCAGCUGAAGAUUCCUAACUAUAGGAUGCAAAGAAGUGAUGAUGUUCCUGGGAGGAUUGCGUGGGUGGGAAAACACGUGUAAUUUGGAGGGCUGCUUUUCUUUAUACUUGAACCUGCUCAGUUAAGGGUUGUCUCUCUAGUAGUAAGAACAGUGCCUCACCUUUUUUGGCAUGUGCGUAUCAUGUGUUUGGAUCCAGGUAUAGUUAAGAUAUUGUUCUUAAUAUUAGACUUAAAUCUGUCUUUGAAUAUUUUAUGGCUUUUUGUCUUUUCCCAACAUGUUUUGAAUGAAAAAUGAAUCCCUUCCCUGAGAACUUAUUAAAUAUUUGUUUUGAGAAUUCAGCAUACCUUCUCCCCUCCCCAACACACAGACUUUGCUUCCCUAAGCUGUAUCUUUUAGCCUUUUCUCAUACAAUCUGCUGUGUAGACCCUUAUUUUCAUCUUCACAGCUGAAUCUUUUUCAAUUUCAUAAUACUGCCUUUGAACUGUAGUAUAGGCUUAAUGCUUUGAAGGGUAUCCACUGUCAAAAUAUACUACCUUAGGGGCAGGAAAUCCUUUUUAUUCCAAGUGUCACAUUCCCUCAUGGAGAACCUUUUUAGGGGGGGGGGGCACAUACCAAUGGUGUAUAUGGCCAGAGGUAGUAGUGGGUGGAGACAGGGAUAAAACGCAGGCAGACCAAUUGUUGACUUUUGUAUAGUAGGUCACAUUCCAGCCACACAAAAUUCAGAAGUUUCCACACCUAAACACAUGCACACAUCUCUCCAUCCAGGCAAGCAAGAUACAUUAUCAAGUUCAAGGGUUCAUUGCAGCUAGGCGAAAGCACCUGAGGAGGGCUCAAAGCACAACUUGUGAGGGGUGUGGUUUGGGGAGGAGGCAUGGCCUGAGGAAAGUGCUCAGAGUCAGAUAACGAGACCUAGAAGGCUACAUUUGACCCCCUCCCCCCCCAUGCCUGAGCUUUCUCCUUUUCUUACUAUCUUGUCUUUCUGUUUUGCCUGCCUCAGAAUAGCAAGCUGAAAUCAAUUAACUGGAUUUCCUUGUAAGUAUACCAGCUCCAUUUGUGGUUUUUUGGUCCCCCAAAUUACUGAAUUGGUUGGAAUGCAUUUGGUGACCUAAAGGGCUUUACAUUUGAUGCCUCUGCUCUAAUGUAACUGAUGUGCUGCAGCUGAUGCACUUAAGCUCAGGGAGGUCAUUAGUAAAUGAGUUACUCUGGACUUCUCCAAGAACCAAGAUUACCGUAAGUUCUGUCCUGGCUUUGCCUUUGGUCUUUGUGCUCCUGGAUUUAGCCAGAUUUAGUCAGAGUGGGAAGUUGGAAGGACAAAACUGAAACUGGACACUUAAACAUUUGGUGGCCAUCUGUGUAUUUACUUUAGGAAACUAGUUUGUUGAGCCAUUAGGAUUCCCGUGGGUUAGUAAGAACAAAAAGCUCACCUGUUGCAAUCAGCAGUAAAUACAGGGCCCUUUGUAGUAGUCUGAUGCUUUCUGUAAAGACUCUUGGAGAACUAAAUAGAUAAGACAAAGAGCUUUUUAAUCUUCUGAACAGUAGUAGUGUUGUUUCAUCAUUAAUAAAUGGGCAGCUAUAAAUCCAAAUGCUUUCUACAAGCAGAAAAAUGACCCUACGCCUACGCCUAAAAUUCUACCAUCUUAACUAGAAUCACAAAUGUACCUGCAUUUCUAGGAUAGCAUGGGCUGGGGAUGCAAAACAAUACAUGAACAAUGUAGUGGCUGUGAAUCUGACGCUUGACAUCCUUUGGAAGUAACUGUUAGCCUAACCUAAUUUACAGGGUUCUUCUGAUAAACAACACUCUGAGCUAAUUGUUACAAAUGAAACAAAUAACAUGAUAGCUUGUGAUUGGUACAGCAGUUUUAGUGGCAGGGCUAUACAUUGGCUGAUGUGGAUCAAGUGGAAAUGUUGCAAAUAUAUAUGGAGAAGCAGUCAUGCAAGUGUCAUGGUUCACUAGAGUGAGUGAAUUCCCCCCCCCUCUUGUUUGUGUCACAGACUGAUUUCACUGCACAGCACACAGCAGGUACUCUUGAAUGUGUCCAUUUUGUUAACAUGUUGAUGUUUGAGUGUUCCGGUAAAUAGGCAAAAUGACAAAAGACAAGACUGACUUCAGUAGACACUCAGGAAAUUGUAAUGGGCAUCUCUUCUUUUUAGCGUUUCAUCCUGGUUAAUCUCUUCUGUGGCCAAAACUUACAGAAAGGCUCUAGUCCAGUGUUUCCCAACCUUUUUCUGACCAUGGCCCUCUUCCGACCUUGUUUCUUUCCUGUACCCCCAAUAAGUACAAAUCAAUACAAAUCUGAGAUUCUGCCCCCCCAACAAAAAUCCUGCCUAUGCCCAUACCCUGCCCCCCACGUCCAACUGGUAGAAAGGUGGCUAUUUAAAUGUUUUGUUUGUAAAUAGAACAUGCUUUAUUUAUAAUUUUAUAAUUUAUACAAAAUACAAUUAUAUAAAAUUCUAGGAACAUAAUGAAAUAUUGUUGAAGCAGAAAAACAUAAAAUCAUGGAGCUGGAAGGGACCCCAAGGGUCAUCUUUUUAGUGCAACCCCCUUCAAUGUAGGUAACUCAGCUAAAGCAUCCAUGACAGAUGGCCAUCCAACCUCUGCUUAGAAACCUCCAAGGAAGGAGAGCCCAGAACCUCCCAAAGGAGAUCCAUUUUCCAUAUGUUAUAAAAAGUAAACCACUUAUUUGACCCCAGUUACUUGACACAGAGGGGGAAACGUACAGAUACAGUCCAAAAGGCACACAGGGAGUUCUGUAUAUAUGGGAGAAUUUUUUAAAGCAAGUGGUCCUCACUGACCUGGUGAAAAAAGAUCUUGUCAUCUGGAGGAGCCUAGGCUGCCUAGAUAAAACACUAUAGCCCCACAUAUCCAUACCUGGGAGUAAGACCCACUGAACCCAGUGCAGCUAUCUUCUAACUAGACACUUCAUUAUUUACUAGAUGCAAGUCAGCAGCACCAAACGACCCCAUUUGGCUAGGCGCUGGGGUGGAUUUCCCCUUGCGCCUUGCAGAGCCAGGCCAACGAUGCCGAUGGGCCCUGUGCCCCUCAGCAACAUCCAAAGGUGCUGAUCCACUAGGUGCUGGGGUAGAAUGCCCAACGGGCCCAGCACUAGCGGCAACAGGAAGCAGCUCUGGCUUGUCCAGCCCUACCCAUUGCUACCCCACUACCGCAGUUGCCUGACCUGGGGGUUUUGGAUCAUGGGCUCUACUGAUCAAAAUGGGAGCCUCAGCGAUCACCCUCUCCCGCUGGAAACAAACCAGGACUGCUCAAAGAAAAUGUACAUGGCAAAGAGGAGUGCUAGGCCCUGGUGGGCUAGCCCCUUACCCACUUAUGACUGGCCAAGCAGGUAGCCAGCCAAUCAGGAUUUCCCCCCUUCACUUCUCACUUCCCUCUGUGGCCUCCUAGCCUCUUGCCCCCCAUUUACACACUUUUCACCUGGGUCCCCCUUAGUAUAUCCCAGGAGUCCCCAGAAGGCCAUAUGGCCCCUAGUUGGGGAUCACUGCUCUAGUCUUUCCUCAUAUUAAUCUAGCCUUUCUAGCUUUCCAACAUUUUUCAUCAACUGUAGCAGUCCAAACCGAAUGGAGAACUCUGGUUGUGGUUUAAUAAUAAAAUUAAUCCUAACAAUUGUAGACUCUGAGAGAUUUAGACAAGCUUAGUAAUUUUGUGUGUGUGGAUAAGUAACUUGGGAGGCAUUCAUACAGUAUUUAUGUAUAUGAGUGCCAAUAGCAGGGAAACGAAGGAGAAUUGUGACAAAGGAGAAAGUAGGUAUUGAUAAAAUGUUGCAAAUUGAUAAACUAUUUUUAUAACGGUAACAUGUUUGGAUAGGUCUGUUGUACAGUGCACAUUUGACAGGAAUAGAGGUAAAUGAGCAACUAUCAAAAACUUUUCAACUUAAGAGAAUAAUACCCUUUUUCAUCGCUGGUAUUUAGCCUUUGUGAAGAUGCCGGUUUUAAAGUUCUGCCAUAUUCAUAUCUAAUAAAUGAAAAUAAUAGAAAAUAGCUCUAUGCACUGGUGAGUGUAUGACAUACAAUAUCUAAAUUAUCAAUGAAAAAUUAAUGGCUACAUUUCAGGACUUUAAAUGUUGUCAGGAGAUGGGAUGUGUCAGAGCUGUUGAGUCUAUACACAGGUGAAGAAAAGAAAAUGAAGAAAAUAGUAAUUAAGAAAGAUAUGCAAGAGAAGAUAAAAAUAGUUUGAUAUUCUGCUAAACUGAGGCAAAAAACUGAUUGUGGCUACAGUCCUCUAUAUACAUACUUGAGAAUAAUUUCCACUGAGUGAAAUGUGUAGAAUUGGACUGAAGAUGGUCCAAUUUUAAAAAUACCAAGUAUUUCUAUAGCAAAAAAUGAACAUCUUUCUUAAAUUUCUUUUUUUCUAAAUAGGUUAAUAAAAGUAGCACAGAGAGAUGUUAUUUAAUCCAUUAUACUGAAUAUAGUAUUUUUUUCCAUAUAAAACAACAAGUCUAGAGUAAAAACAAGUAAAUUGCAGCAAAAUGUUAAGGAAAGAGAGCUGGCACAUGUGAAUAUUUCCAUCUGCUAUAUUAACUGUGCCAGGUCAUUAGUGGGAGUAAAAUGAUGACAAUGCUAGGUUGUGGAACAACUUGGCACAUCUACUUCUUUAAAGGUACUGUCCUAUACACACUUACCUGGGAGUAAGUCUCACUGAACUCAAUGGGGCUUCCUUCUGGGUAGGCAAACGUGUAGGAUUGUAAGAAAAUAUUUUUGAUAUGGUGAACAAAGAUCUGGGACAGAUGUUUUAAAUAAGUUUUUUAUCAUCAAGACUUACCGGUAGUUAUUGCCAGGUAUGUUAGUGUUCUUAGCAAGUGGGAAAGUACCAUCAUGACCAGAUUUUAAGCAUUUUAUUUAAAAUAAGUUACCUUUCAUUGUAAAAACAAGUCAGUUUACAAAAUAAAGUUAAUAAAAUAACAACAAACCAUACAAAGAGCUAUCCAAAGUUCAGUAGAGCAAUACUAGGGAUCAGUGCUUGGGACUGCCAACAUGAAUGAACACCUGCACCAUAAAUAGGUUCCUGUUGUAUUACCAACAUAUAGGCUAUUAAUUUAUGACAAUGCAUUCAGUAUUUGCCGAUACAGUUUUGAUGUUACAAGAACAUUAAACGAGACACAUUAAACAUAAUAACCAGAAGUGAGAAGUGGUUGUAAAAUAACUAAUUGUGAGGAAACAUUUCAGAGUCUCUUCUCAAAGGUUUACACUAUUUAUGGUUACACAGAUAUAAAUACAGAAGGCAACGGGAGAGAAACUUGCAGACCAGCAUUCCUGCUGCACAGUGGAAAUAUAUUUGUGCCACAGGGGACUUCAAUUUCAACAGAUGCAGCAAUAAAGACAAAUGUUUACAAAACAGUAAACAAGAACCAUAAUUAGGAGUUUUAAAACAGAACAGCACAUUAGAACAUUUUGUUAUUUUUGAAGCCCACUGUUUUAAUUUUUGCUGAACUCAUGGUUCUUGAGCAAUUGGAGGUAAUGACAUAAAACAUGGUGGUGACUCUGUAUUUAAUUUGUAAUUAAUAAAGAGCAGGAUCUGGCCCUUGCUUCCUUGAGUCCUGAGAGUUAAGAGGGUCAUUGAACUCCAUACAGUGGCAGAACUUACUCAGACCUGUAUAGUAUAGCUCCCCUCAGCAUGUGACAUGCUGACCUCAGUCUCCUUUCGUUCCACUUCAGGGCAUUAGCUUGGACCCACAUGCUUAUAGAGCUGGAGUAAAGAUCAAUGGAGGAAUAACUGGAACAGCCAGCACUGAAAUAGCAGAAGAAGAUACAGCCAGAUUAUAAUCAGAGGGUAUAUGUAGUGAUUUGCAAAUGGUUGGUUAGAAUAACUUGCCAAAGGAUCACAGGAACUUUAUGAGUUCUGAAUAAAGAACAUUCUUUUGGAGAUAUAUUUUGGGCUCUAGUCUCCAAGCUGGACUUCUGACUCCUUUAUGCUUUCUGAGGAUGAAAUUUUCCUCCAGUUCUGAUGAGCUCUGUUUUGAUCUUCAACAAGUGCUUACUUUUUAUAAGAAGAGGGGAUGUGUGGGACUCAAACCUGUCAAAGAUGCAUGGCACUGAUAUUAUAACCAUCAUAGCGUCAGAGGGGAUUCUUAUUUGCAGGCAUUCUAGAUUCUAUCUGGCAUGUGACAAGGAUGUUUUGAAGCGUGCAGUGUACAUGCAAGUCUACGGUUCUCACAUGCAACCUUAACGCUUAGUUUUCUGACCUUUUGACAUUGAACCUGGCUGUGCUCUGGAAUUUGGCUUCCGAGGGUUAAUGCAGUAAAGGACAAGAAAGAUAAAAUUCAAAUAAUUUAUUAUAUUAAAAAGAGAAUUAGAAUACCUAUUAAAAAGUAUUGGCACAUGCUUUCAUAAGCAACCCACCAACAAUAGGCUAGUUUCAAAGAUUUAGCAUAAAUAAAACAUUGCAUAGAAAUACAUACCAUAGCUGGAAUGAAGGGAAAUUUUUUAGGAAAAUGGAUAGAAAACCAGCCAGAAUUUUCUCUGAAACUAGAAUAUGCAGAAAACGAUAAAGAGUAAUGAUUCUAAAAGCUGCUUUAAGAGCACGACAUCCUACAAAAAACUACAGGUGUGCACGUGUGUGUGAAUGAAGGAAGGAAGGGGGGAAGGAAAGAAUCCAAUUUGGUGAUAUUGAUAAAUGAACAAAGUUCAUUUAUCAAGUGAACAGGGAAAAGGUCUGGCAAAGAGUUGGCUUCUGAAGGUGUUAAAGCAGCUUGCAAUGUGAGCUUUUUGACUUUAUAGGAAUAGUGGAGAGAGAAAAAGUAAUCGGCUGAGGCAAGGGUAGAGAAAUAGUCUUUGGCGCUGGUGAGAAGUCCAAUGAAAAGACAUGAAAUGGACUGUGAGCACAUGAGAGCCAGUGUGGUAUAGUGUUCUUAGACUGUCAGGUUAGGACAUGGGAGGCCAGGAUAAAAUCCUGUCUUCCUGAUGGCUGCAUAUGAUAGUAUUCAAAGUUUUUUUUUAAAUACUGCCAGCCAGGAAGAGCUUGUUCUAAAUUUUUGAGAAUUGGUUUCUAAAAUACAUCUUCUGCCUGCUGGCUGGCUGGUUGAAAAUACAUACAAUACAUACAAUACAUACAUACAUACAUACAUACAUGCAUCAUUGUAUUUGUAUGCCGCCUUUCCAUUAUUAGAACCAUGUACAAGGUGGCUUGCAACAUGAAAAAACACACCACAUAAUUAUUGAUGUAAUAAAAGUAGGCAUAAACAAUAAAUAAAAUAUCAAAAAGUACACAACCAAAUUAAACAAUUCCCACCUAAACCAUAAGAUCUAAGAUAAAGAUACAAAAAAUGAUAUCAAUAACAGCAGCACCAUUACCCCCAAAACAAAACACCCUAAACAAUACUCCAGCCCGGGAGACUGUUUUGCAGCCUCAGCUUUGUAGCUGGAGUCAGUCAGGGCCCCAACCACCCAAGCCAGGUGGGAAAAGUCCUGCAAGACAAGGAAGCAGAUCUUCCAGGACUCACUGCCAAGUAGCAUAUAUUUUGCCUCAAGCCAUUGAAACAUCUUGGCUAGUUGAGGGAAGAAGGAAGGAGGAGUUUUCAUUAACGUUUUAGCUGAUUAUCUCCUGGCUUAACACUUCCAGAAGGAGUUUACAAGUGAUAGGGGGAUGACAGGAUGGCAAAGAUUUACAGAGGAGGAGACAGCAAUCAGUAGAAUUAGCAGGAAACUGUAGCAUGUACCUGAGAAAGGAAGCUGGGUUUCAGCUUCAAGAGGCAAAGAUGGAGCCUUCCUUAUGGAUUUCAAGUUCAAAAAUCAUUGUUGCAACUGUCACUUCUGUACUAGAGCUUGAAUUCCAUAAUAGAGGCUCCUUUGCCUCUUGAGGCAGAAACAGAGCUUCCCUUUUCAGGUACAGACUACAUUUCUUACAGCAAAAGCUAGAUUUUAAGAGUAAUUUGUAGCAAGGGUUUUGCCCUGAGUAAUUGCAUUCUAACAUACUGGUUACUGGAAUGAAUUAUGAAGCUCAUCAUUGCAGUCCUUAACUCAACCUUUAGGACCACCACCCUCCAUGUGUUCCUCCCUGCAUGCUCCUUUAAUAAUCCGAGGCCCUUCUCUGUAUUCCUCAACUCCCCAAGGCCUGGCAGAUGGCAACAAAAAGUAGGGCACACAUUGCUAGUGACACCCACCUUGUGGAAUGCCCUCACAGUUGAGAUUUGCCAAAUCCUGACACUUUAUGGUUUUAGGCAUUGGCCUGAGUGUUUUUGAAGGACCUCAGCAAAAAAACUUUCUUUGUGCCUUCACUUUGGGGUUUCUUUUUUUUAAUUAUUUUUUGAGGGUUGGGAGUUACGAGUUGCUUUUUGUUGCUUUUGGAAAUUUUGGGUUGCCACUAUGUUGGUGUUUUCUGAUGGUUGUCUUAAUUCAUUUAAUUAAUUUGAUUUCAUGGUGUGUAUAUAUAUAUGCUGUAGUAUGUUGCUUUGAGUUUCUUUCUUUCUUUUUGAGGUUUUUUUUUUUGAAAUAUUAAUAAAUAAACCUGGUUCAUUGUGUUCACCCCUAUCACCUCAAAGGAAGUGACCACGCCACGCCACGCUUCUGACCAAUGACAUCUGGCAAAGACAGUGCUCUGCUCCCCACUCCGACCCCCACUCGCUGGGUGGCAUCUUUCAAUUUGAAAUAUUUCUCUCUAAAUCCAUUCUGAAAGCCAUGAGUGAUGGAGAUGAUUCCAGUCUCACUGAUCCUGCCAAGUGUAGUGCUUGUGCUGGGUUGAGUGUUUGCAGUACUGGCCUCACAUUCCCAGUUUAGCUGUCUUUUAAGCUGAUUAUGGCAUUGGUCCUAAUCUCAGCAUCUUGAAGGUAUAAAUAGUUUGGGCGAGAUUUCUGAAAGUAGAACUGGAACAACUGGACUUUUCUAGAUUGGCUGCCUGCCUGAAUUAUUUUAGCCCACUAGAGUGUGGCUACUUUUACUAAACGAGUAUUUAGAGCAGGGGUCAGCAAACUUUUUCAGGCUUGGGCCGGUCUACCGUCCCUCAGACCAUGUGGUGAGCCGGACUAUAUUUUGAAAAAAAAUAUGAACAAAUUCCUAUGCCCUACAAAUAACCCAGAGAUGCAUUUUUAAUAAAAGGACACAUUCUACACAUGUAAAAACUCGCUGAUUCCCGGUCUGUUCGUGGGCCAGAUUGAGAAGGCGAUUGGGCCGGAUCCAGCCCACGAGCCUUAAGUUGCCUACCCCUGAUUUAGAGUGCUAAAGGCUAUAAAGAUAUACAAGUAUUGCAGUCUCUGUCCAGUGGACUUAAAAUGUACAUCAAUUAUACAGAGCAGGUUGUGAACCACAGGUAUGGCUGCUAGGUGGUUGUGUGGAGUCAGAAAAGAAGAAUAAUUUUUUUAAAAAAUUGCUGAAAACUUGUAUCUUGAAAUACAGUGGUACCUCGGGUUACAGACGCUUCAGGUUACAGAUUCUUCAGGUUACAGACUCCGCUAACCCAGAAAUAGCACCUCGGCUUAAGAACUUUGCUUCAGAUGAGAACAGAAAUUGCGAGGUGGCGGUGCAGCGGCAGCGGGAGGCCCCAUUAGCUAAAGUGGUACCUCAGGUUAAGAACAGUUUCAGGUUAAGAACGGAUCUCCAGAACGAAUUAAGUUCUUUACCCGAGGUACCACUGUACCUGGGAAGAGGCAAAAAUAUCUUAACCUUUCACCCACCCAUUCCAUUAUCUUCGUGUUUUUCAAACUUAGGUCUCCAACUAUUGUUGGACUACAACUCCCAUCAUCCCUGACCACUAGUCCUGCUAGCUAGGGAUGAUGGGAAUUGUAUAACAACAGCUGGAGACCCAAGUUAAAGAAACACUGCUUAUCUCUCUUCCUCCUCUUCUCUCCCCUCUAUUCUUCUUUUUCUACUCUUUUCCGAGAACUGGAGGUUCUACCAAGGAUUUAUAACUCCCAGAUAUUUUUUUCUUGGUUCAACCAUCUAAAUGCUGUUCCAGGAACAUCACAACACCAGCUCCAAUUCUCUACUGCCCACAAUUCUUCUAUAACCUGGGAGGAUUUUCUCCCCGUACUAAUUGCUCAAUGCUUCUGGGAAUAUUUAAAAGCAACUAGGGACCCCUCUGCAUUCAAUUGCCAUUGUCAUGCAGGCAUAUGCACUAUGAGUCACAUUAUGGCUUUGGGGGAAGGCAUUUUGCCCAGAUUAGACAGUCUUCUGGUAGGGAGUAGGCUUGCUUUGCUGAAGUGCUUAAAUUUGUUUUGUAGAGUACAUUUCUUGUCCCACAGGCACCACUAGUAUGGCUACACCUCAGUCACUCCUAUUCUUUGCUUUAUAACUGAUAAUUACUCAUAGUUGGAUUCUUCAAGUACAUGCUGGUUCCUGGCCCUCUGUUACAUGACCUUUACAGCUCCUCCCAGCUUCAUCCUUACCUAGUACCCUGUGUGUGGUGUUUGUAGAGCUGCCAACCAGCUCUCACGCCUGCAGGCAUGUUGUAUUUCCUCCCCAGCCCACAAUGGAAAUGUUUCUGUGUGGCUGCUACUUCAUUGCCCUAGCUUAAAGGUAACUGCAAAUCAAUGCUCUGGAUCUGUCUGUCUCCUGUCUCACUGAACUGAAGGCAGCAGUAGAGGAGGGUAUAAUCCUCUUAGCGCCAAUGUGGUAAAUAUGCUUUCUGGCAUGCGUACACCAGGACGCAUCCACUCACAUACUGGUGGAGGUGUGUCUUUCUAACACGCACACAAACCAGCACACACCCUAUCCCUCCCAUUCCUCAGGGGUUGCCUGUCACCUGAUCUACCAACGCUUUCAGUUCUUCCGUUUCUGGCCUGGGAAGAAAGUUUUGCAUUGAACAUGCCUCAGUUCACCGUGACAAAGGUAGAAGAUGAUGAUGAGGGGGAAGUGCAGGAAGGCAUGCAGAAAAGAGCCAGCACAGGGCAGAUCUGGAAACCUAAUGAGACUGCCGGGUCAGGUAAGCAAGUUAGUUUGGAUCUCUUUCUUUGAGAUUUCUCCCUCUUCUCUCUCCUCCCCCCCAACUUUUUACUUAGGAAACUUUGAUACAAAGAAGUAAUGUUUAGUCCGUGUUACUAGACUCUCCCUUUCUUGUCUGCUAGUAGGCAGCCUUUGUGACUCCUCUAAUUUUGUCUCUGUUGCUUUAAUUCACAUUCCUCCCACCUGACCUUCUAUCCAAUGGUAGACUCUUUGUUAGAAUUCUCUGGUUUGACCUUUAGUCAAAUAAUAACUGAAUGCCAGGGGGCUGAUUACUGAUGUGGAACAGAAAUAUAAUCAAAUGGUUAGGGGAGGCUGUUGAGGUUUGGCGCCAGGUCUGAGCUCUCUGCCCCACUUUCGGAAGGAAAUGGGGAUCCACGCAGUAGUAACAAAGCCAGGACGCCUAGGUGCUAUUUUCAGUUCUCGGAUAGGAAAGCUGUCUAGAACAACGGGAAACUAUAGGUUCUGAUUCCCAAGCAAUCUUAGGAAUAUCAUCUAGACGUCAGAGCAACGUUGAAUUGAGCAACAACAUUUUCUAGUACCAUAAUAAACCCUUAAAGCUGCUCUGCAUCUCACCUUCUGAGCAAAGUUUCAGGAUAUCCCCUUCUUUAUCUCUUUAGGAUUGCAUUCAUUCUAGCAUUCACAAAUGUUGCAUGUAGCUGGUGGCCAAAUAUCCGUUCCAAACAGGUGAUACCUGUGUAACAUUUUCUCCUAGAGUAGGUUUGCCAGGCACCUUGCUGUCUUUACACUCUUUUCUAUGCUGCACUGUCUUUCUGCUUUCCAGUAUCAAUUUUCUUGUGAUUCCUGUUUAACUGUAUGAGUAGGAAUUGCAACAACACAUUUGCAUUGUGGAGUGCUUCUCUUUAGGGUUCCAGCCAAGAUACUCUGCUCUAUUACCCUUAUUGACUGGUGGUUUUCCAUCCCUGCCCCUCCAAGAGUCAGCUAGCAUUCUAUGACAACUGAGCAUGUCAUUGUUAAGCCAUUUUGGGUGUGUCCCCCCAUUCCCAUUUUAUUUAUUUAUUUCUGCAAACCUUGGAGUUCUGCCAAGCCUGCUGAUAGCUCCCUCUGCAGAAGGUACUGUUCUAGAUACAUAAGGAUCCACAUGUUUUGUUGUUGCUUUGAGUCUUGAGAAAUAAAGAAAGGGCUUAUUGGUCCCAGCUUAAGAAUGGUUGUAUAUCUGUUCUUUUCCAUUAUCUUCUCCAUCCCAUUAUUACUAAGGCCUUGCUUUUGCUGGGUGGGAAUUGGGCUGAAUAGUUUAUCUUCAAAGUGUUAUCCUUCUCUCAGCACCAGCAAGACCUUUGAUGUGUUAAACUAAAGUUUUUUCUCACAACUUUGUCUCUUAUUUGUUCUGUGGAUUAAAACCACUUUAUGUGGAUUAAAACCACUUUGUAAAAGUCUCACUGGUUUUGGCUGUGGUUUUUACUUCUAACUGUUGGACAAUGACCUGGAGACUUAAGGUUCGAUCUCCACUCAUCCAUGAAGCUUACCUUGGGCUGUCUCUCAGCCUAACCUUCCUCACAUGUUUUUUUGUGAGGAUAAAAUGGGAAGGAAAGAACCAUGUUCACCACUUUGCGAUCCUUGGGAGAAAAGGUGGUAUAUAAAAUGGAUGAAUAAAAGAAUGAAAGGAAUCUUACACAAAGUGGAUGUGAUGAUGUUCAUAAUACAACAAGCAUUUAUUCAUCACAUAAUAUUGCUGUUGGUCUAGAAAUGGUUAACAUUGAUCUGUAAAGUGGUCUGUCUCAUCCUUCUUUCUCCCUAUCACCCAAAAAGGUAGCUCACUAUUAUUCCCAUUUAUUGGGGGUUAUUGGGUUGUUGUUUUUAUUUUGAUUAUGUACUUUGUGGUUUUAUAUUCUGAUUUUAUCCUGUGAAUUACUCUGAGACCUGCGGGUAUAGGGCGGUAUAUAAAUUCAAUAAAUAAUUAUUAUUUUACAGACUUGGACAAACGGCUUGCUUAAUGCCACCCAUUGAUUUUUCUUAUACUAAUAGAGUAGGGAUUUGAACCUAGAAUGAAGCAGGACUCCAGGCUGUAGAAGAUGGAAAAUUAAGAACAUAGACUCCUGGGCAUUUUUCUUAUUUAGGAAGGAAUAAAGUGGCAAGUAGAUUUGUCAGUUAGGAAUUUCUUAGUUACAGGAUUGGCAAUAGGCAGCAACCUACUUUGUGUGUUCAUAUUUCCUCUGUGUGAUCAAAUGUAUUGUACUUAAAUUAUACACAGUUGCAAUUGGAAAGUGACAUGUGAACAAGAGGUGGUACCAGUGCUACUGAUCUGCCAGCUACAUACAGGUUAAGUACUUAAUUGGUUCCGGAGGUCCGUUCUUAACUUGAAACUGUUCUUAACCUGAUGCACCACUUUAGCUAAUGGGGCCUCCCACUGCUGCCGCGCUGCAGCCGUGCGAUUUCUGUUCUCAUCCUGAAGCAAAGUUCUUAACCCGAGGUACUAUUUCUGGGUUAGCAGAGUCUGUAACCUGAAGCAUCUGUAACCUGAAGCGUAUGUAACCCGAGGUACCACUGUAGUUGGAUACCAGCCCUAUUCAUGAAAAUAUCAUUCAGAUUUUGUCAAUGACCAUGGUAAUUAAAGGCUGUGCAUUUUGCUGUCUGCAAAACCAGCUGCUGCGUUUGAGAGGCCUGGAAAUGGCAUGUGCUUUUGUGGUUUUGCUCUUGGUACUGACAGUGGGUAAGGUUCUUUUGCUGCACAACGGCCCAGAUGAUUUGAUUUAGGUUGUCUGAGAGAGCUGACUGUGAUCUGGCAACCCAGGUUAAAUAAACUCUUGGUGCCCACCCUAUUCAUCUUUCUGAUGCUGCCUCACUCAUCAAAAGGCAUGGUGUCUGUGUGCUCAGUCCCUCUCUACAUACGCACAAAUAGCUACAACCAUGGGAUUGUUCAGUUUACUGUUUUUUUAUUGGAGACAGGGUGUUACAUCACACACUGUUCCCCCAGUGAAUGCCCUUUAGCAGUUCCUUGUUGAAGAAUCAGCGGGGCAUAGUCUGAUGCCUUACGCUUCACCCUCUAGCCUGCCAGCGCCUUGAGUUCCUUCCCAGCCCCUUCUUCCUUCUGGGCUUCUGGUCAAAUUGAAACUCCAGUCAGGCCCUAUCUGCCCCCACCUUUCCUCUGCAGCUAGUAGGAACUCUGAACCAUCCUGCCAACAGCUGCACCUUUCCCAUCUGUUCCCUAUCUGGCUUAGUUCCCAACCGUUCUCCACCAGCAAUCUCUGUUGACCAAGGACCUGAUCCUGCAUUCCCACAGGAGGGAGGGAAGUGCAGGUGGGCAGUCCUUCACAUUGGAGAAGAGACUUUUCUUUAUAUUCCAGCUUAUUCCAAGAGCUCAUAGUAGGUUUUAGCAACUGCUAAACGGACACAAGAGAGUCAUCCUAGGUGUGCUGUUUUCACUGCCUACCAUAUUUUUUGCUGUAUAAGACUCACUUUUUCCUUCCUAAAAAGUAAGGGGAAAUGUGUGUGCAUCUUAUGGAGCGAAUGCAGGCUGCGCAGCUAUCCCAGAAGCCAGAACAGCAAGAGGGAUCGCUGCUUUCGCUGCGCAGUGAUCCCUCUUGCUGUUCUGGCUUCUGGGAUUCAGAAUAUUUUUUUUCUUGUUUUCCUCCUCCAAAAACCAGGUGCGUCUUAUGGUCUGGUGCGUCUUAUAUAGCGAAAAAUGCGGUGCUUGGCUUCCUACUUGGCCUGCUAUUCAUACACCUCAAAUACUUUACACACAUCUCUCUAUAUAAUUUGGCUUUGUAUACAUAAUAAUAGCCAUAACCAAGCAAUUUCAUUAUUAAUGUUGUUGAAAGGAGAGGGAAAAAAGAAAGAAUAAAAAAGUGAAGACAAAAAAACAGAACAAAAAUAAGGAGAGACAGAGAAAAAUCCCCUACCACAUUAGUGUUACAUAACGAAAACAAAAAACAGAUUAUCCAAUUUAACUAGUUUUGAAAAUAAAAACAGAAAAAAUAAUCCAAAUGGAAAAAGAAAAAGAAUGACUUCUGGAGUGGGCUGAGCUCAGUUUCCUCCUCCUCCUUUCCUAUCAGCUUGACUCUGACUUGUUAAUAUUUUAUUCAAAAGCGGUGGUGACUUUUGCUGCUUCACUAGUCAAUAAACAGGUGAUACAGAACAGGAUAGGCAAAUUUGGCCCUCCAGAUGUUUUGGGACUACAACUCCCAUCAUUCUUAGCUAACAGGACAAGUGGUCAGGGAUGAUGGGAAUUGUAGUCUCAAAACAUCUGGAGGGCCGAGUUUGCCUAUACCUGAUAUAGAAUGUUCUUUCUGAUUUUCACUGCUGACUGAUUAUACCCCAAUCUACUGGCAGAAUGCCCAUACUAGCAAAACAAUAUCUUCAACAGUGUAUCCUCUUAUUAGUUAGUUAAGGGAGUAAUUCAAAGCUUUGUGAGUUUGACCUGAAUAUGAAAUACAAAACUUUGCCGGGAACUGAAUGUAGUAUUUCACAUUCUUUGUUCUAGGAAGGCCAUUUGCGUUAACAAAUUUAGAGCGCGCUUAAAUCACAUCCUUGGAAAAGUCCAGAAAGAAAGAUAUAUUCUUCUGUUCCCUCUUCACUGGGGCUUCUAUUGAUUUUUGGCGGAAUUUGCACAAGAGCCCGCCUCUUAUCUUGAACACGCACAAACUUGACAAUUACUAUAUUUGAGGGAGCCCAUGUCCUUUGCCUUUUCACUGGGAUUUUGAAAAUGUGUUCUAUGUCAAACUGAUGUUGAGCUGGCAGAGAGAGCACCUCUUUGACCUUGGGCAAAUAACAUUGUUCUGUCCCUCUAAAUAAAAUAAGAAUCAUAAAGACCUCCUUUCACCAUGCGUACAGAGAGGGAGAAAAUGUGUACUCUUCAAAUCACUUUUUUAUUCUGGAUGUAGUGGUUCUGACUAUCAGCCCUUGGAUCCAUAAUUUUUGCCAUUUGCACAGAUUAAGGUUGUCAUUCCACACAAAAGCUUGCUUUGAGAAACUCCCUCUUUGUGGCACACCUUAAAGCAUUGUAAUGGUGUCUUUCACCUCUUGGUAAAAUGAGUCAGAAUUGAAGGGCAGGGCUUUUUGAAACCUGGAAGUUAAAAACUACUGUGGAUAGCUAUUUUAGGGGCUACAGUUAACCUUGGAAUGGAAUAUGAAGGGCAGAAACAAGCCUCUUAACAUUAGACCUCCCAGGCUGAGUAAUGCAAUCGCAUGCCCUCAGCAUGACAAUCCUAAGCUCAAACCCUUUUUCUGACCCUCCAAAAUACCAGAGUCUUAAAAGGAUUUGCUCAUUAUUGCACUGCUAUCAAGAUGGAAAAAAACAGAAGUGCACUUCUAGUCCGACCUAGACUAUGUACACACAUCCUUCCUGGUCGGAAAUGUCCAAAUCCCAGGAUUCUCCAUAUAAUCUCUAUUUAUCCCAGGCAGUUUGAAUCCCUUUAUCCAGACAAUGAACAGAAACAAUGCCUUCUGUGUAGGGCACUGAGUGCAGACUCAACAAACAAAGGAUGCUUCUGCUGCUGGAAGUUGAAUGGUGCCAACAGGACUGGGGAAAUUGCCAAGACUGGGGUGGCUGACAAGAGCAAAGAUAGGUUGUUGAACAGAAACACAUCAUUUGUGUUUGAUCCCUCAUCAACAGACUUUGCUUCCAUCUGUCUGUUCUGAAUGAUCUGCUGUCUACUCUGGCAUCCCCCACAUGUUCACUUUGCAGGCCUUGAUAGGUGUGAUGCACUUCACUGAAUUUGCUGGCCUCCAGCUAGACCCAUGGCCUUUCAUCCCCCUGUUCCUCACUGCAUGAUGUUGCCCCAGACAAAGGCACCAUUUGGAGCUCUAUUCAUGUGGACCUUGUACAUGUCUUUACAUUUUGAAGAAAACAUGUAACUGCCUCCCCACCCCUUUCUCCUCUUUUAAAAAUAAAUAGUUGCUUCUACCAUACCUUCCCUUGUUAUUAUUUUGCACCUUUUUGCCAAUACCAGGCCCACCCACAAGGCAUAAGGUAUAAACAUGCAUAAACAGUAAGCAAUAUAAAAUAUCAAAAUAAUAAACAAUAUAAGCUACAGCAGCACACUUGUAUUAACAAAACUUAUUGAAACAUAAAAAAUUUCAAAAGUGAGUGGGCCUGUGUCCUCCUUGGGAGAGCAGGUUGGGAGUCCCUUCAAAUUACUUUAUGAAUGGUUUUGUGCUGCUGUUUGCAAGUACACAGAAGGCGUGAAUGGAUUGAUGCAAAAGCACUGCAACUAUCCCCUAAAUUGAAUUGCUGGGUCUUCCUUUAGGAUUCAAGUCAAUUUUAACCCCUUCCCGAUUUUUCAUAUACUUUUUGGAGAUGGAAACCCUAUGCCUACCCUAAAAUGCACUGUGCUGUCUCUAGUCUCCUUCCCUUGGUUAUCACAAUCUGUUUUUAAGGUAGGAAAAUGAAAUGAUUCAAGCAAAUCAGGUUGUUGUGAUUUCCCCCCCUCAAAAAUUCAUUGUUAAAUAGGUUUGACACCGCUACACCUUUAUAUUACCAAAUCUUUGCCUUCUGGGUCUGGGGUGUUUGCAUUUUUAUUACAAGAAACCUCUCUAGAGAAUUUGAGGCUCAAUUUGUCACAGAGUCAGGCAGAUCAAUAAAGAAGGGAGACAGUGUGGCAUUCCCUAAAUGGAAUUUAUUUUAUUUAUUAUUUUAUUUUAUUUGUUUAUUUAAUUUAAGGGAAGACUUUGGAAAAUAAAACCAAAAGUAGGGAAUUAGUCUCCUGCAUUAAUUACUGUGUCAGGUAAGGACAUACAUACAUAGAAUGAUGUUUACCUGAAUAAAAAAGAGGGUGGGUAGAGAUUCCCCCAUAGCCCAGUCAACAGUAAUCAAAUUCAGAGGUGGAGAAGAUAUUGGGGAGAAGUCAACACCCAUCUUGCAUGUCUAAACUGUAAUAAGAGUGCUGUUGAUCUUUCCCACCACCAUUUUCACAACAUUGAAGGACCCCAGAGUUUCGGCCACACUACUCCCCACCCCUACAAUCUGAUCACUCCAGCAGGCCAGCCAAGUCAUAAGCUAUAGAAAACCACUCUGUCCUAGGGAGGGGAGAGGAUGCUAGCUAGUGACCACAAGUGACAACCACUAUGCACAUGAUACAAAGCUCAUUCACAGAGACUGAAUCAACAUAUCUUAAUAGUGGUAGAGGGUAGGGGGAGAUAUUGAUAUGAUUCUGUCCUGUUGAUUUUGCUGGCUUCCCUUCUCAACACAAAAAAUUACUCCCUUUCCCCAGUUGUCCAUUACCAUAAAGCCUGAAAAAAGCCCGGUGGGGAAAAAACCCUCCUCUCCCCUUUGAGUUACAGAGUGUUUUCAAUGGUGUGUGGGAGGGAAAGGAGAUAAAUACUUUUCUAUGCUACUUGAAAGGCUUAUGAAUAUUCUACAUUUCCUCCCCCCACCCCGUUGCACCUAUUCUUGUUUUGAAAUCACAGCUUAAGACUAUUAUUUUUUUACUCCUUACCAUUUUUGUUGCUGAUUGUGAUUGCGGGGGAAGAAAGCCAUUUUUGAAUCUUGGGGAAGUGGGAGAGAGAAAUUUUAGCCCAUCACUUUAUUCCCUCAUUCUCCCUUUAUUUUGCUAUUCAUUUUCUUUCCCGUUUUCUGUUUGAUUUUUCAGAUGUGAGUCAAUCUUCCGUCACAGGGGAACAGUAUCAGCUCUUAGGUACAGUAUUACAGGACUCUUGUGUGUGUGCAGUAUAUAUGUCUCCUGUGUCUAUCAGUGUUGCCCAUUGUUAGACAAAGGUGUAUGUGCCCCAUUGCUAGGGGACAGAUGAAAAAUAAGUUCUCUGUGUGAAUGCAUGUGUGAGAAAGAAUGACUAAUAAAGAAAAUGGUAUAUGUGUGUAACCAUCUUAUGUUGAAGGCACAAAUGUCCCUGUGUGUGUGCUCUAGGGCAGACCUGUAGAUAGCCACUCUACUGGUUGCCUGUGGCAAGUAUUAUCCAGAUGAAUAGGGCACUUCACAGAAGUUAUUGUUUAAAAGCCAUAAAUUGCUAGCAAGUACAGACUUGCUGGUAAUUUUUGUAGGCUGUUGAAAAACUGCUUUAGGCAAAAACCUUCCUGGAAUGCUCUUGUUCAAACUAGAUUUUUAUAGCCUUUAAUUUCAGCCUAAAUUCUUUUCACCAAGGGAUGGUAGCCGUCUCUCUGUUUACAGUGCUCUUGUUUGAAGAUCGAGGUGACAUUGAAUUCAGACCUGUAUCACAUCUAACACUAAGAAGUGUUGUCCUAACAGGGAUCUUGCUUUACUUGAUUGUUCCAGAAUAACAACCUUUGAACUGACUGCUGUAUUUUAUACAUUUGAGGAAGUGAUCCUUGAUGGUUUAAAGACAGCCAAUGAUCUUUGUAAAGAUCAAGGAUUCUUGACUUAGAAUAGCCGGUUGCAUAAGUAGUAGCAGGAUUGUUAUCUCUGGUAUGUCAUAGUUAGUGCAUUUAAGGUACCCUAGAGACAUAGUAAGCAGGGGUAAGCUGCUGAAGUACUCAGGAACUCCUUGUUCCUAUACACUGAGGAUGCUAUCUAAUAAUAAAAAUUCAGAGAAGCCUCACACUUGAUUUGAAUAAUGGAUUCUGCAUCUUUUUUUAAAGAAAACUUCAGAAAUAAUUUCCAUUAAUUUCAUUUGCCUUUUCCCAUACACAGCUGGCCUGUUGCCAUGAUUUGUAUCAGUGCUUUCUCACUCCUGUAGCCAGAACUGGAUGAAACAUCUCCUGAGCUUUAUUAUCCGCUUUGUUCCGAAUGUUGAGGGAAACAGGGUGGGGUGUUAAUCCAGCCCAGCCAGAUGCCAAGAUUCCAUGCCUCAGGGUUGUUGGGUAGGCCCCAGUAAUAAAUGUUGUGGUUCCUUGCUUGCGGACAAGCCUGUCUUUAUGAUUUACUAAUUUUUAAAGAGGACCCAGCCCUAGAGUAUUCACUUACAUAUCUGCAUUCUGUGAGAUGGAGCUGGAGGGGAGAGAGGGAUGUUUUCUCACGUGGCACAGAUAGAUUUAGAGUUCAGGGGCUAGCAUAUGCUGAUGGUUUAGAGAAUGGGCACCAGGUCUCUGCGGUUCUGUUUCUGGAUAUAUGGAUCUGAUGGGGAAGGAGAGAAAUGAAGGCAGCUAGUAAAGCAGGGUACAAGUAGAGAUUGGAAUUCCUUUUUCUCAAACAUUGAGACAGUUGGUAUAGUUUUUAGCUUUCAUGGUUGCACAUAAAGUUUGGAAAGUAUGGUAAAAUUGCAAAAAGGACUGUAAACAAAUAAAGAGGCAGGUCAGCUUAGGCUACGUGUACAACAUACAUGUAAAGCACCUUCCACACACACAAAAAUAAUCGGAGCCAUAGGUUUUAAGGAUGCUGAGACUUGUAGCUCUAUGAGUGGUAACCUAUAGUUCCCAGGAUUCAGGGUGGAGGGUGGCUUUAAAUGUGCUUUAGAUACAUGAUGUGUACACAGACUUUGUUAGCAUUUAAAACUGCUGUGAUUUUUAACCUUCAUUCAAUGACUGAGUACAGCUUUUCACACCUGAAGCACUUAUAAGAACAUUACAGGAGGAAUACAGUGUGCCCCUCUUUAAUUUGGAACAUACCCUGUUCUUGAAAAUUACAGGCAAACAGCUUUCAAGUACAUGCAAUUUAAAUAUGCAAAUUGCCAUUGUCGUGGUGCUUGUUAGCCUUUUCCUUACUGGUGAAUUCAAACUAUUGCAUUUGAGGGAACUUUUCCUCCAUAUGAGGCUGUAGCACAACCAUGCAUGUAAGUUUGCUAAACUUGGCUGCUUGCCCGUCUGUCUGCCCUUCCAAACACCAGGGGGGAAAAGAACCUCCAAAGCUGCAUGGGACUCCCUUGCCUAUCCCUUCUGUCUUGGCAAUGGUAUAAGGCAAGGAGAAGUGAAAGCUUGACAGCAGUAUUACCCAGAUGAUCUUUCUAGCCUCAGAUUCCUUAUCUCUGUGUAGCGUAUUUCUCCCCUAAACCCCUUGCCUGCUGCUCACCACAGACCCCACUCAUAUGGGGACAAUAGUAAAUGCCCUGUGGUAAAAAAUAGUGUCAGCAACUGAGCAGGCAAGUAGCUCAUGAUCUGAAAAGAUCUAGGGUAAGGAGGGGGGAGCAACUUUUCAUACCAAGUGGACUGCCAGAGUACUCUGACAGGGAACCAGUAAGCCGCAUACUGCCUUGUGCGUGCUACCUUCCCAAGGCCCACUAAGUGAGGCGCUGGGCUGUGGAAAGGGGACACAAAGUCCUGUCAGGGUCCUUGAACCUUCACUCAUCUCUUCCCAAAGCCCACCACCUUUCUUACCUGCUUUCUGAAGGCAACACAAGGGCUGUGGCUGGGUGUAGGCCACCAAAAAGGCAGUGAUGGACCGCCUUGAUAUAGGGUGUUUCUCUUUUCCCACUGCCCAGAUAGAGCUCCAAUAAUCUAAAUGUAUGCACAGCACUAACUCUUUGCUGGACUACUCCUUUCCUUCCAUUUGAUCUCUCUCUUGUUGCAGAUCCUGGUCACAAGAAGGAUCCUCAUAAUGCCUAUCUCAACAAUAUCAACUACGAAGAUGGCGAUGAAUUCUUUGACAAGAAUUUGGCACUUUUUGAGGUGAGAUCAUUGUUGGUGGGUUAGUUCUUCCUGCCUUUUGCUUUCCUUCCUUCCACUAUAUGUGUCCAUAUAUGUAUUAAUCGGUGUUAGAAACAGAUAUGAAAACUAGGAGCUAAAUGGCACCUUAAACCUAGGUUAUGGGCGCAACUAUGGAAUGUCUAGGCACGAUUUUUAAAUAACAAUAAUACAAAACUAAAAAUGAAUAAACUGCAGCUAAAAUAUUAUGUUCAUUUUUCACAUGGUCUAGUCCUUCCCCUGCCCACUUCCCUAAUAAUUCUUAAGAGGGUCUCUUCUCCAGUUUCCAGAGAGUAGCUGGAAGUGGGGAGGCAGAAAAAGGUCCUUUUCCUUCCACUCAGCAAUUUUAAUCUGAAAUCUUAGGCACAGUGCUGUGCCUAGAGAUCAGAAACUGCCUGCUUUAAUGAAAUUCCCUAUUGCAAAAUGCACCUAGAACAAUGGGAGUUACGAACACUGGUUUAAAUCCUUCCUUAUAGCCUUUCAUGAUAGCUGCUAUUAUGUCUGCUCUGUUUCCCAAGGCUAUGCAUGGUUGUUGUUUUUAAUUCCUCAAAAACACAGAAAAAGUUGCAAAGGAUUGGGAACUGUGACAUGGGAAACUGCAUCUUGGAAAUCUUACGUCUCUUUUUUAUUUUUUAAAGGUUAUUUUUUAACUCUCAUAGCUGCAGCAAUGGACUUGAAAAUGUAUAGGCAGGGGUGAGAAAUCUCUGGCCCAGGGGUGAACAACCUGCAGCCCACCAUAUUUUUGUGGACUACAACUCCCAUCAGCUCCAGUCAGCUAGCCAGUGAUCAGGGCUGAUGGGAGGUGUAGUCCAACAACAUCUGGAGGCCUGCAGGUUGUGCACCCGUGCUCUGGCCCAUGGGCCAAUCUUGACCCACAGAGGGUCCAAUUUGGCCCAUCAGACCUUUUUCCCCAAGCUGCACCUACUUGCCAAUCAGCUGACAUUACUGGGUGAUGAGGUUCAAUCCUGAUGGAGGCUGCUUCACUCUACUGCAAUGAAUGCACUGGCAAUACAGACUUCUCACCCCACCCCUGUGGGGAAUGAGCUGGCAAAGCAGACCCCUGCAGAGAGCAGAAUACAACCCUUUGCUCAUCCACUGGUAAUCAGAGUAUUGAGUCAUACUAGACUGAAUGCAUUGGCAAAUCAAAUCCCCCUCCCCACCAGCCCCAAGCUGAUUUUGACAGGUAGGUAGGAUGGCCUUCUUAGUAUUUUUACUGUAUUUGUUAGAAGAUGUGUUUUACAAAAAAAUUAAAUUGUGCUGGAGAAAAUAAAACCAAUAUACAGUGGACCCUCUGGAUACAAAUUUAAUUCGUUCAGGGGGUCCAUGCGCAAUCUGAAAAAUCCGUAUCCAGAGGUGGCACUUCUGCGCAUGCGCGAGUGGCGAAACCCGGAAAAAUACUUCCGGGUUUGCCACUUUCGCAACCCAAAGUUUACGUUACUUGAGAGUAACGUAACCCGAGGGUGUACCGUAAUGUAAUGUAAUAUAACAGCUGCAAAAACUUGUGACUCCAAUUAAGGUCACAGAAACGCUGAAUCAUUGCUUUGUUAAUUGGUUAACUCCCUUUAAAAGUGAGCCUGUAUGUGUCUAUGGUAGUGAUAGGAGGGGUGGGAGUUGGAGGUUGGGUGCUUUGCUGAGCGUGGAGACUCCAACAACAUACUGCUGGAGGAGUUGGUAAGGACAGACAAGCUAUAAUUUCUGCACUGCUUAAAGGAGUUUUAGAAGCAAGAAGAGCCUCUCAUGGGUUCAAGAGAGUGAAAUACAAUGCAUCCAACUCAGUAUAUAUGUAUAGUAACUUGUAAUAGUGGCCAUCCUGCCAGUAAAGAGUCAUCUUCAGAGUAUUGUGUGUGGAGUCUACUUCAUCCCUAGGGCUUUGAGGGUGAAACCUCUAUAUCACUCUGCAUAAAUCAGAAAAAUAGCUAACAACCCCACAGCAUCACAAUGUCAGAAGAUUGACAAGGGUGGCCCUGCUUACCUGUCAAGGUGGGCCCACAGGGUGUGGGGAGAAAGUUGUCCCACCUCUGUGGCAGAGUAAGGAGGUGCAAAUUGAUCAAAGAUCGCAAAUUUGCCUAAUUUAGCAAAAUGUAAUAUACAGAUUGCAGAAUUCAGAAUUUCUUGGCGUAUAAGUUGUGGGGGUUUUUUUAAUGCCAAGGUUACACUAGCCUGCUUGUACCCAACCCAUUUCUGUCAUAUUCUGCUUUCCUAUGUCUUCAUUCCCAAAUUACUAUAACCAUGCUAAUGACUAGUGGUUUUUUGCCUUAGGAGAUUUUUAAUAUUAAGUUUUAAUGUUUACUGCCAUCCUUUCCACUUUGCAGGAGGAGAUGGACACCCGGCCCAAGGUGUCCUCCCUGCUCAACCGCAUGGCCAAUUACACCAACUUGAUGCAGGGAGCCCGUGAACAUGAGGAGGCUGAGAAUGUCCCUCCAGGCAAGAAAAAAGCUAUUAAGGUAAGGAGCUUGGUGAUAGUGAGAUAUGUAGGCAGUUAGAGGUAGUAAGUAUUUGAAGGUAGUGAAUGAGUUGAUGUCCAAAACUGAAAGGAGUUGAUGCUUUCGCCAUGGCUGCCCUACAAGCAUGGGGCUUCCCUUUCCUGGAGACUUUCCAGAACAAAAAACUGUGCUUCUUGAAGUUUAAAACACCUUUUUGUUUGACAUGGAUUUUAGCCGCUGGUCUUAAGGCAGCAUGAGGUAAACCUCAAAAAAUAUUUUUGAUUUCUUGACAUUUGUUUGAAAUUUGUAGGAGCCAGUUAAAAAAUAAAUACAUCAGAUCAAUUAAAAGCCCUGCUCAGAGUUAUGCAAAAUGUUCAGAUUCCUAAGCCACCAAAUCAAGCUCUGAGGUAUCUGAGUAACCAGGUACCCAGGAUUUUUCCCUAGUCCUGUAAGCAGGGCUUUAGUUUUUAUGUGUUGCCUAUUUGCAAUUGAUUUUUAAUAUGACUUACUAUAUGUGCAGUUUAGUGCUGUUACCUGCUCUGCACUUGGUGGCUGGGUUUGUCUGGGAAUUCAGACAAAGGGAUGGGGUUGUCAAAGAGAAAGAUAUCUGAAGACCAAGUAGCAGAGAAGUCGCAGGUAUUUAAAUCAUGCAUGCAAAGGAUGAAGAGCAAGGUAGGGGCAGCGAAGUGGAGUAGGUUUGGUUUUGAGAGCUUGUCCUUUUCCUUCCAGUCUCCACAGAUGGGCACAUUCAUGGGAGUCUAUCUGCCUUGCCUGCAGAACAUCUUCGGGGUGAUUCUCUUCUUACGGCUCACCUGGGUGGUGGGUACAGCCGGCGUGUUGCAAGCCUUUGCCAUUGUCCUCAUGUGCUGUUGCUGUGUGAGUUCCUCUCUCCUACUGUCUGAAUCAUGUCCUGGUUUAGGGGUUUUAAUGUCUUAGAGAAGAAGAUAGGAGUGAGCAGUCUGGACCACAGCAUGGAGAUGGGGGCUAAAUCAUACUUUGUGACUUUAUCAGGCCACACCUGAGAUCCUAAUGUAAAAGUCAUAAGAUUACCCUUCUUCCCACAUGCAUCCAGCUGUGUCAUGAGGCCAGUGAUAGAUUUUAUUUCCACAACUUGCCAGAUUUUCUUUAGCUGUAGUUGUAUCUUAUGGGAAAUUGCCUAUUGUCCUAUCUAACAAGAGUAUAAUUGCACAACCUAAUGAAUGAAAGCCCUUUAAAAUUGUGUGUUUUUCUUCUAAAUCCUCCUGUGGUCUUUUCUCCUCCUCAGACUCUGCUAACAGCCAUCUCCAUGAGUGCCAUUGCCACCAAUGGAGUUGUGCCUGGUGAGUACUUAAUAUCUAAAGAGCCAUCUCCUCCCACACUUCCCUGCCCACCAAAUACAUUCAUCUUCAAAAGCAGCCCUGAGUGCUCUCACCAUCAGAACUUAACCAAGUAACUACUUGGGAAAGGUUCUUUUCUGAGGUGGUGCCCAAAUGGUGGAAUUCUUUCCUUAAACUUGUUCACCAGAUACCAAUGCUAUCUAUGUCAGAUGACGUUCAUCUUGCCAUAAAAACACAAUGCCUUCUUAUAGUAUUUGAGAUCCACAUAAAUCACUGCUUUGUUUUGUGCUACUCAUCGUCUAACUCAGUUGAUCAUAACCUGUUGGUUUGUUUAAUUUCAUUUGGGUGCUGCAAAUUCUAGAAAUAAAAAGUUCCUCUACAAGCGGAUGUUUAGGAUGUGUAGGAAGUGCAAAUUAUAACCCUUUUCCCUAUCUGCAAAGUCUCUUGACCUCCUACCCACUGCUUUAUUUCCUCUUCACAGCUGGGGGUUCAUACUUCAUGAUCUCACGAGCUUUGGGGCCUGAGUUUGGAGGAGCCGUUGGACUCUGCUUUUAUCUGGGCACCACCUUUGCUGCUGCAAUGUACAUUUUGGGAGCCAUUGAAAUCUUCCUAGUAAGUGUUCUACUCCCCUAAAAUUAACGAGAUGCAGUGUUCUAUAGUUGUGAAACAGGUGCUAUUCCACACAGCUGUGGCCACUUCCAAGCAGCCUGACAGCCUUGAGCCGAGUGAGCACUUCUGCUAAUCUUGCAAAAUCCAUGUUUUCCCCCUCUAUCUGCUGACCUUUCUAAAAGUGACAUGUGUCUCUCUCUUCCCUCUCUCAGAUGUACAUUGCCCCUGAGGCAGCCAUCUUCCAUAGUGAGGAUCCCUUGAAGGAGCCAGCAGCCAUGCUCAACAACAUGCGGGUGUAUGGCUCAGCCUUUCUAGUGAUUAUGGUGCUGGUGGUGUUCGUGGGUGUACGCUACGUGAAUAAGUUUGCCUCUCUCUUCCUUGCCUGUGUCAUCGUCUCAAUCCUGGCCAUCUACGCUGGUGCCAUCAAGUCCUCUUUUGCACCUCCCGACUUCCCGUAGGUUAUCAGCAUGCUUGGAUAUGAUUAAUUGUGAUACUUGGAUAUGAUUCAUUGUGACUUCUCUUUUAAUCAGUCUGGGAUGUCGCAGAUCCUACGAGAAGUUGUUGGAAUAUGUAGUUUUGUGAAUGUGCAUAGAGUUGUCUGUUCUGGUGAAGGGUUAGGGAUCUUUGGUCACAGUUUUUUACAAGACUGCAACCAUCUCUCCAUAGUUAGAUAAGUUUCCCAUGCCCUUGGGCAACUUAAGGGUUGGGACUCUCAAAUUUGUUUGUGCAUGCCUUGGCCUCUUUAUAGCCUAACGGGUUUGUUCAUCUUUUUGUGUCUCCUCUCCAUUCAGCGUGUGCAUGCUGGGGAACCGCUCUCUCUCCCGGCACCACAUUAAUGACUGUGCCAAGACGGUGGAGCGUGACAACAUCACCCAGCACACUGUCCUCUGGGAGUUUUUCUGCAAUGCUACCAAGCACCACAAUGCCUCCUGUGAUGAUUAUUUUCAGCACAACAAUGUCACCAUUAUCCAGGGUAUCCCAGGGCUGGCCAGUGGCAUUAUCACUGGUGAGAGAUACCUUUCCUUCCCUGUCAACAGUACACUUGGUUUUCCUCAUGUUGGGACAAUCCAUGAGGUGUCCUACACACUGUCUAGAUAAACAGCUAUUUCCCUUCCCUCCCUAAUUCAGGGCCUGUGUUGUGUAGUGGCCAUAAAUAGCAACUGGGUGUCCUUGGGACAGUCACCACCUCUUAGCCUAACCUAUCUCAUAGGAUAGCAAGAAGAAGUUUGUAGACCACUGGAGGAAGGGUGAGAUGAUGAUGACAGCAAUAAUCGUGGUGGUUCUGGUGGUAAUAAUAAUGGUAUUGAUAAUUGCAGAGAAUCUUUGGAGCAGCUACUUGGUGAAAGGCGAAAUAAUUGAGAAACCAUCAUUGCAUUCAGCUGAUGUGUGGGGAAGCCUGAAUCAGCAGUAUGUGCUGGCUGACAUCACCACUUCCUUUACUCUUCUUGUGGGCAUCUUUUUCCCUUCAGUCACUGGUAAGAGCUACGUUGUUGCUAUGUAUUGUUCAGAGGUGUCUCCAGAGGCAAACCGUUCCAGAAGUGUAGAUAGCCAACUUUUAAUCUGGGAUGCUUAUACUUAAAACACAGGUCUGUCUAUGGACUCUUGCAGUUCUCAGCAAAGCACCCUCUUUCAGCCUAGGAGUAAGGACUCAAUAUUGCCUCAGCUGUGAGCUGGACUGGAUGCAGUUUUGUUGCUGCUGUUCCCCUCUAAUGGCCCAGUUUGAUGCAAUAUCAUCUUCUUUUACAUCAGGGUAAUAGAUCAUAUGCAAAAUUAUUCAAAGGUUCAGUAUAGUUUCUUAGCAGUACCUCCUUAUCACAGAAUUUUGUUUUCUUGCCCUCAGAAAAUCUUUUUUUUUUUUUUUGUCUUCACAGGAAUCAUGGCUGGAUCAAAUCGUUCUGGAGACCUGAAGGAUGCCCAGAAAUCUAUUCCCAUUGGUACCAUCCUGGCUAUUCUCACCACCUCCUUUGUGUGUAUCCUUCCUGGCAAAUGUAGGGUCAAAUAAACAAGGGAUGGAUAAGGGUGGGAUGGAGGGAGUUGGUGCCUGUGUGGGAAAGAUGGCUGCCCUUCUGCAUCCUUUGCUGUCUUGCAAGAACAUCUUACUGCUCCUUGACCAUUUGACACAUCAGAUCUUAGCAACGUAGUGCUGUUUGGGGCAUGUGUGGAAGGUGUCGUGCUCAGAGAUAAGUAAGUAGUAACUUUCCCUAGUGCCACAGUUCUCAGAUAUAAAUCAGACGUGAAAUUUCAAUUUUGGAUUCAAAUUUUAAGCUGUGUUCUUAAUAGGCAGUGAUGGCUACCAACCUGAAUGGCUUUAAAAUCAAAUUAGACAAAUUCAUAGAGGAGAGGGCUAUUAAUGGCUACUAGCUAUUAUGGCUGUGCUUUGCCUCCACAGCUGUAGGCAUCAGUGCUUUUGAAUACCAGUUGCUGAAAGCCACAAGAUGGGAGAGUGCUCUUGUGCUUGAAUCCUGUUAAGUUGGUGGCAUCUAUUCCUUUUGAAACCAAUGGAACAAAUGCAACUAACAUAGUUUGGAUCCAAUCCUGCAACUUUUGAUUUUUCUAUGUGCUGGACCAUUUGUUUCUGCUGGAUCUUUGUACUUCUCACUAUUAGCCCUUAGGCAGAUACCUAAUGGCCUCACUUUUGCUUCUAUUGGAUAGGUUUGGUGAUACAGUGAAAGGGAAUCUGGUGGUCGGGACCCUGUCCUGGCCCUCCCCUUGGGUCAUUGUCAUCGGUUCAUUCUUCUCCACGUGUGGAGCUGGGCUGCAGAGCCUCACCGGCGCACCCAGACUGCUACAAGCCAUAGCCAAGGACAACAUUAUACCCUUCCUGCGGGUAAGAGUGACAACCGCUUAUUGACUUGCUGCUGAAAAAAUCCUUGGUUUGUCCCAAGUAAUCUGUUUCCUUAUUCACUCUAGGUAUUUGGCCAUGGAAAAGCCAAUGGAGAACCCACGUGGGCCUUGCUUCUAACAGCAGGCAUUGCAGAACUGGGGAUCCUCAUUGCCUCUUUGGAUAUGGUAGCACCCAUCCUUUCCAUGUAAGUGCCAUAUUUAUCAUGGGUUGGAGUCUCUAGGAAUUGUACACAGCUGAGACUAUUUUCUGUUCUCCCCUAGGUUCUUCCUGAUGUGUUAUCUCUUUGUCAACCUAGCCUGCGCAUUACAAACUCUGCUACGCAGCCCCAACUGGAGACCCCGCUUCCGGUACUAUCACUGGUAAGAGGGCCACACUACCUAGUGAGUUGGAGGAGGAGGGACAUUGGCGAAUUCUACAAACAGAGGAGGGGAGAGAGGGUGCAAUUUCAGACUCCCGAGUUCUAUGUCCUAUUGUACAAAAUGGGGUUAGCAUAAAAUGAGGGAAUUGGGGCUGGACUCCUGGCCUGUGUAUUUGGUAUGUCUGCUGACAAGUACAAAAGGUUCUCUUGAACGGAAUCCAGCACCCUGAGACUCUGGGCUCACAUUUUAAACAGCAAACGAAAUAAACAAUAGUCUGCAUGCUUUCCUCCCUUCCCCCUUUCUCUUCUUGUAGGGCACUCUCCUUCAUGGGCAUGAGCAUCUGUGUGGCACUCAUGUUCAUCUCCUCCUGGUAUUAUGCAAUUGUUGCCAUGGUGAUAGCUGGAAUGAUCUACAAAUACAUUGAGUACCAUGGGUGAGUGUCUGUAACCUUCCAGAGCUCUAGCAUUCUAGCCCUCUUUAUCCAGCCUCUUACUCCACAGCCGGGGAACAGCAGGGGGAAUUCCUUGCAACCACACUCACUCACUCACUCAGUCUCCAGUUGGGUGAGAGCGGAAUCAUUUCCUUUUUGGAACUUUUGCUGAGAUCGUGAGGGUGAAGGUUCGGUUGUGGGUUUCUGAGGCUCAGGCUCUGGAAAUAAACGAUUGCAGCCAGAAGUUUUGGGGCCUUUUACCUUCAGUUGCAGGAUUUUUGUUUUCUUUUUGUGAGAAAUGCAGGUCAGAGGGCAUGAAGGCUUGGAAUCAUGAUCCCUUUCUUUGAAUGUUGAGUUUGGAAGUCACCACACCUGACCUCUUUUGUGAUGCAGCCUUGUCCUCCUGCCUCCUGCAUGAUUGCCUUGGCCGCAUUUCCCCCUCUGCCAAUGCUUCUGGAAAGGAGGGGCACUGAGUGACUUGGCUCUCCUUGAGCUCAUUUGGCUGAACAUUUUCUUCAUCCCCCAGGGCCGAGAAGGAGUGGGGCGAUGGCAUCCGUGGCCUGUCCCUCAGCGCAGCCCGCUUCGCCCUGCUGCGUCUUGAGGAGGGGCCACCCCACACCAAGAACUGGAGGUAGGAAGAGACUUGAUGCUGCUUCAUUUUGCCAUGGGCUGUGCGUGCCACAUGCAGAGACCUUGUGCAUGCAUACCUGUAUUUGUGUGCAUGUGCUGUGGAGUGCUCCAAACAUGCACACAAAUACGCUCUUCUGGGUGGCAGCCUGAACCCACCUGCUACUUUGCUCCUUUUAUGUGCAUUUUGGACUUUCUUUUCUCUCUUAGGCCACAACUGCUGGUGCUGCUAAAGCUGGAUGAGGAUCAGCACGUGAAGCAUCCACGCCUGCUCACCUUUGCCUCUCAGCUGAAAGCUGGAAAGGGCCUCACCAUCGUAGGCUCCGUCAUGGUGGGCAACUUCCUGGAGUGUUACAGUGAUGCACUGGCUGCCGAGCAGGUGAAGCCCACUGCUACUCACUGGAUUUCAUACGUCAAAUAAGAGGCGUAGGCACUGGGGUUGGUUGAUCUGGUAGUCAGGCCAUCAUACUUAGAAGCCCUACUUCCUGAUCCUAAAUGAAGAGGACAGUUGUGGUCAUUCAGGCUUAAUGAAAUGGGAUUAUUCCUUUCCAAUAUUCAGCAGAUGCAAGAAAUGUAGGAAGCUGACUUGUACUAGUCAGACCAUUGUUGCCUCUAGCUCAGUAUCAUUCACACUGACUAGCAGUGACUCUCCAGAGUUAUAGAUAGGGAUCUCUCCCUGCUUUACAUGGAAAUACCUAGGAUUGAACUCCAUUGCCGUAUUAGUUCCUGCUGCAGAAACCUCCAGUAUAUUGAUUUUAGAGACCAUUUCCUCAGUAAUAUCCCAUCUCCAUAAUGCCUUCGACCCUGAAGGUCAAACUUUUAAAUACUUAACCAACUUAAGUGAGUUGGAGUUCAGCAACACAGGAUUUCACUGUGGCAAAGCAUUCACCGGGUUGGGGCACAAAGAGCUCUCCAUGCUAGUGCCCUCUAGCAGCCUUAAUGUUUCUUGUUUCAGACCAUCAAGCAUCUGAUGGAGGCAGAGCGGGUGAAAGGCUUCUGCCAAAUCGUGGUGGCUGCCAAAGUGCGAGAGGGCAUCUCCCACCUCAUUCAGUCCUGUGGGCUGGGUGGCAUGAAGCACAACACGGUUGUCAUGGGCUGGCCCAACGCCUGGCGCCAGAGUGAGGAUGCCCGUGCUUGGAAAACCUUCAUUGGUAAGGCCUCUCCCAUAGGGAGGUGAGAGGGAGGGCUUCCUCGGUCAAGGGAUCCAUAUUGCAUUACUCUCUCUUUCUACCCUGCAGGCACUGUCCGAGUGACUACAGCUGCUCACCUCGCCUUGCUUGUGGCAAAGAACGUGUCCUUCUUCCCUAGCAAUACAGAUCCUUUCCCCGAGGGGAGCAUUGAUGUCUGGUGGAUUGUUCAUGAUGGUGGGAUGCUGAUGUUACUCCCUUUCCUCCUCAAGCAACACAAGGUGCUGGCGGGGGGGGGGGGUAUCACUGGGGGAGAUGAAUCAGGGGGGAAGGUAAACCGGUAGAUGGGGCUGCUAACCCUCUUUUCCCACUUUAAAGGUGUGGCGUAAAUGCAAAAUCCGCAUCUUCACUGUAGCCCAGCUGGAGGAUAACAGCAUCCAGAUGAAGAAGGAUUUAGCAACCUUUCUCUAUCACCUCCGCAUUGAGGCAGAGGUAGAAGUGGUGGAAAUGGUGAGAGACAAAACAGGCAGAGGAAGCCAGGAGGGGUUAGGGGCAUUAGUUGGUUUUUGUUUUUCCUGUGGUCAGCAAGUUAGGCGUCCCAUAGUCAAGGGCAGGACUUGGAAGAUUGAUUGGUUAAUAGAGAAAUGAGGUAAGGGCUUGGACAUAUGUUGGAUGUAAGAAGCUUUUCCCUAUCUACUAGAAAUCAUACCCUGAUGCCCCCUGUUUUUUCAGUGUUCACCUGUAACUUCAGGCAAAUUGUGAAUUGUCUUCCUGUCACCUCUCCCCUGCCCUCCCCUCCAUAGUAACAGGGUGUAGCUACUCAGAUCUUUGUUGUAUUUGUUCUCUGCCUUUCAAAGAAACUACUAGUUCUUGCUUUGUAAGCCACAACAUUCUGUUGCUCAGAGCAUAUCUACAACUGUGCAGAUUCCUAGAGAAAGGCACACAGACUAAUGCAUGCAUCCCGUUCUGCCAUUUUGUUGCACUAGGAAGAAAUCUGGGCAUUUUUGUGCGCUCUGAAUGUACCAAAGCUGGCCAGAGGACAGAUCGUCUUGGCCCCACUCUGUGUAUGAGUUUACACUUUCUUGUCUCCCAACAGCAUGACAGCGACAUUUCUGCCUACACCUAUGAGCGCACGCUGAUGAUGGAGCAGCGCUGCCAGAUGCUGCGGCAAAUGCGUCUCUCAAAGACGGAGCGGGACCGAGAGGUGAACUGGGCAGGGAUAAGUGGGAAGGGAAGGGCUGAAAGAUUAGCACUUCCUAGUUGCUUCUUCACUGAUCUUCCUAGGUGCUCCCCAUACAGGCGCAGCUGGUGAAGGACAGAAACUCAAUGCUGCGGCUGACCAGCAUUGGCUCAGAUGAUGACGAAGAGACUGAGACUUACCAGGAAAAGGUGCACAUGACGUGGACCAAGGACAAGUACAUGGCAUCCCGAGGGCACAAACCCAAGACCUUGGAGAACUUCCAGGAUCUGCUCAACAUGCGGCCGUAAGAAUCUGCCAAGUCCCAGGACACUUCAGCCCAUUUCUGUUCACUUAACUCUUUCCUGAAGUUCUGUCCUGCAUUUUAUGGCUUCCAGAAUCCUUUUGGAUAGUAACAAAUCUUAUUCUUUUUUUUUUGUUCAAUCCUAGCAUCCACACUUCUGCUUCUCUGUGGCAAGACCACCUUUGACACUUUUCUUUAGGGUUAGGAGUCAAAAGAGAAAAAUGUCCUUGAUACUUCUUCACAUUCCCAGCUGCUUCAAUAACCAUACCAUCAAAUGUUACAUUAUUUCCACUGCUUCUAUUUUGGCAGCAUAAGGCCAUUCUGUUUGUUUCCCAUCUCCAGUGUGGUCCAGACCCUGUUGGCCUCUUAGAUUGCUGCAGCUGCCAUAUUGUAUCCAUUCCCUCCUCCAAUCCAUAUGUGUCUUAGUGCUUUCUCCAGUUUUCCAGAAGCCAGAUCUCUGAGCCAAAGCUUCCUGCAAGUGUACAUCCAUAGGCAUGCCUGGUCUUGGUGACAAUUUGUCUCUUCCUUCCUACGACCCAGGGACCAGUCCAACGUGAGACGUAUGCACACAGCUGUGAAGCUCAAUGAGGUCAUAGUCAACAAGUCCCACGAUGCCAAGCUGGUACUGCUCAACAUGCCAGGCCCACCACGUAAUCCUGAUGGUGACGAGAACUGUAUCCUUUUCUUCAGGGUCCUGUCUUUUGCGGGGAUGCAAGAGGGAUUGGCAGUGGCAACAGGACUGGGGUAUGUGUGUAUAUGAGAGAGAGAGAGCGCUAUUUCCUUGACUGCCUUCUAACUGCAGAUAUGGAAUUCCUGGAGGUCCUAACAGAGGGGCUGGAACGUGUGCUGCUUGUGCGGGGUGGUGGCAGCGAGGUCAUCACUAUCUACUCCUAG